AUGAGGCGACACGCGAGGCAGCUGCGCCGGCGUAGCUGGGCGGGCCACUGCUCGUCGCUCGCAAAACCCCGCAACCAACACCGCGGCUGGCGCGUCCUGAGUGCGCUGCUAAACCCCAGGACACCACGGUUCCCUGUGCUCGCCAUCGCUGUGACGCACGGCAUCAGUGAGCUAGCGCUCGCCGAACAGCUGGCGGACGCCUUUGCUGCUGUCGCCACCGCUCCCCUCGGUGUGCGUGCGGUCGCGCUGCGGGCGCUCUACGUGGCUGUGUCCGUGCAGGGUGGAGAUCAGUCAACCCACGCGCAGGCAAUCACAAGUCUGUGCGAGGAAGACUUCACCUUUCACGAGCUGCAGCGCGUGCUGUGCCAAGGACGGCGCCGCAGUGCGCCCGAGCAGGACGGAGUCACCCACCAAAUGCUGCGCAACCUGGACGAAGAUCAGCGACAUCUCCUGCUCAACGCAUUAGACGGUGUCCUGCGCAGCGGGUGCCUCCCGGAGUCCUGGCGCUCCGCGCUCGUGGUGCCAGUGCUGAAGAGUGGCAAGCCACCUCGCAGCCUCGCCUCGUACAGGCCCGUCUCUCUAACGUCAGUCCCUGGCAAGACGAUGGAGGCGAUGGCCUUGUCGAGGCUCCAAUGGAUUGCGGACAUCCGCGGUGUUUUUCCGCCUGAACAGUGUGGGUUCCGCACGCAUCGCUCCACGGCCGACUGCCGUGCCGUCGUUGUGGGCACGCUGGAGCAGGCGAGUCGCGACGGCCACGCCGCUUUCCUGCUGCUCUUGGACGUCCAGAGUGCGUUCGACUCCCUGCCCCACGACACCAUCAUCUCGGCUGUGCGCGCUCUUGGUGUAGAGGGCAGGCUUCUGGCGUACGUGCGGGCCUUCCUAACCGACAGGUCGUCCGUUGUUCGGGUUGGGCGGGCGACCAGCUCGCCCCGUUCAGUGACGUGCGGUGUGCCUCAGGGGAGUUUGUUGAGCCCCUUUGUGUUCAACCUCGCACUCGCGCCCAUCAGCGAGUGCGUGCUCAGCAGUGGGAACCUCCCUGUGCGUGCCGUUGUCUACGCGGACGACGUGGCGCUCUUCGUCCGUGGCCGGCCGGCGGCGAUGGCUCGGAUGCGUGUGCAGCUGCAGGCGGCGGCGGAUGCGGUGGGUGACUUCCUGCGGGCCAUUGGCCUGCGCUUGUCGGCGGCAAAGUCGGAGGCCAUCAUGGUCCAUCCGCGUGCUGCUGCCCGGCGCUACACUGGCUGCGUGGUCGUCGACGGUGUCCCCCUUCCCUGGCGGCUGACGGUGCGCUACCUCGGGCUCACCAUUGACCAUCGCCUGACAUGGUUCCCCGCCUUGAAGCGGCUUCGCGCUGCCAUGCGGAAAGUUGAGGGCGCGGUGCGCGCGCUCCUCGCGCGUGGUGACGGUUGCCCCCCCUCGUUCGGGGUUGGCAUGUACGGUGCAGCACCGCUGUCCAGGGUCCUGUACGCGCUCCCACUGUGCAACCUGCGACCGCAUCUGUGGCGACGCAUCGCCGGCGACCACCGACGAGUUCUUCGCAUGUGCCACGGCCUGCCCAGUGCUUCUGGUGUCGCAGAAACGCUCGCGGAAACCGGCGCCUGGCCCGUCUCCCUCACUGCCGAUCUGCGUGCCCUUGGCCACUUGGAGCGCCUCUCCCGUGCCCCCGGUGCUGGCCCCAUGCUGUCAUACCUGCGCGAGCUGCCCAAGUCGCGUGUGGGGGCGCUCCUCGAGCUCUUCGACUGCGGGGUGGUCGACGCCCCGGCCUCCCCUGCAGCCUGGCCACCACCAAACCAGCGUGUGCCGUUGCGCGUGUGCCUCGACCUGCCGGGCGUCCGCUCCAAGCACCCCACGCCUCGUUGCGCUGUGGUGCAGGAGGCUGCUGCUCGGAUACACGUUGACCUGGUGGGGAGGGCACACCUGUACACUGACGGUUCUGUACGCCAGGACGGUUCCGCGGCCGCCGCCUGCGUUGUGCCGCACCUCGAUGUCGCGAGACAGUGCCGCCUGUCCUACCGAGCUUCCUCCACCACAGCGGAGCUUGUGGGUCUCCAUCUGGCGGCCGACAUCCUCGAAGAGUCGCCGUUCCUGAACCGAGUGGCGAUUCUUUGCGACUCGAGGUCCGCAUUGCGCCAGCUGCUGCUCGACGAGCGCGCGCCGCCACUGGCACAGCGCGUUGCUUGCAGGCUGCAUGCUCUGCAGCAACAAGGGUGCGACCUGUGGAUCCAGUGGAUACCGUCGCACGUCGGUGUCGCCGGGAACGAGGCAGCUGAUGACCUGGCAAAGCGCGCCCACGAUCCUCUGUCCCCGCUGUCGACGCGAGUCAACUCGUUCGACGUGGCGCGGCUUCAUUUCAAACAGGAACAGCGAGCCUUCCUCCUGGCACUCCGGACCGGUUCCGUCUGGCCCGCCGAGCGCAAGCACCGCCUCCGCGGAGCCUCCUCGCCCCUGUGCCAGGACUGCGGUGCUGUCGAGACGCUGCAACAUCUGAUGUGCGAGUGCAGUGCUUUAUCGACGGCGCGCGCCACUCUUGUCCGCGUUCACCGCGCGCAGAACCUCCCCUGCUUGACGGUGGAGGACGUCUUGCACCCCUCGGGCUGCGCAUCGAGCCACGGCAAACUCUUCCGCGCACUGCUGAACUUUGCCGACGACGUGGGUUUGGUCGACCGCCUGUAG